GGACCGUUGGAUCGGGCUUUCUGCGAAAGGCUCAGCCCAGGGCUUUCGUUUUAGACGUAGCCCGGUUGCACCGUUAAGCGUCGCUAGGGGAAAGUGAGCCGCGUUGGACUAAUGGGACUUAAAAAAACCCCAACAGGCGGGUCUAGAAUUGAAAUGUAAAGCACCCCCCCCCCCCGUUUUAAACUCUUAAAACUCAAGGGAGACAGAGACGCCUUCUAGAUACUCAGAUAUAUUUUGCUAAACAUACAGUUCUAGGCGAAAUCUAAUUUUCAGUUGAAAAACGAAGGACCUGUGAAAACAUAGGUUGUUUAGCAAUCGUGGAGGAAGAAAGUACCAAAAAUAGUUGUGAAUUCAUAAGAUACUUGGAACUCGAAAUACUUUGGAUGACACCUUACUUUGGUACUCUCCAUCUUCUGCAUCCAGAGUUAUUUUUAUUUGGCAGUUUGUGUAGAAGACACUGACUGAGCAUCAAAAAGAGCAGCCGCGGCGUAUUUUUCUUCUGAAGAUAAUUUUUAACAAUGGCUAGCCAGGUAAGACCAUUUUAUGAGAAUGACACCACAUUCAUAGCUCCUUAGGGGAAGACAUUAGCCAUGGUCAGAGCCAUUGGCAAAUGUCAAACUUAAGCAAGGAUUUCUGGGGGAGGAGUGGCGGUGGUGGUGGGUUUUAGCCCUAUGCUUUCCUCAGAUGAAUUUCUGACAGAUUGUUCUCCCCUGCUGUGGAAUCCUUAAUCACGUCAACUGAAGCAGCUUGGGGGCAGAACAAGAAGCUUUGCUUUCUGCACUGUUGCACAGUGAGAUCUUGUGGUGGGACUUUCCUAUAACACACACUAUUUAGGAUGCCUGAACUGGUGCGCUAGAAGUGAAAUGAUACCAUCCAUGUAAGUAAACCUUAAAUGAAAAUGUUUAAUCUCUAUCCGGGGAUGGUGAGGGAUAUUGCCUUUGUUAUCUGGUCGACUGCCGCCUCCUUCCCUUUUCCUUCCCAUAUAACUGCCUCUGCUGGUUUCUUUUUUUGGAUGUGGCAUUUUUUUUCACUUGCAUGUUGCUAGUGUAAAAACUUGACGUAAGCUCCUUUGGCUGCGCUUUAGAUUCAGUCUACCCCAGACAGUUGCCCUGAGAUAGUGGCCAAUACCUGGCAGUGUUGAUCAAUAUCUCAGAGAAGAGCCCAAAACCCCUUUUAGGUUAAAAAUAAUAAUUGGUGACCUGGCCCUGCAUCUCAUACACUGGACCUCUUUCUGCUGUAGCGUCUCUGGGCAAGUCUUGGAGAGAUCUAAAGCAGGGUCCUGUUGUAAAAGCAAGUCUUAAAUUUCAUGCUUGGUCAGCCUCUAAUGGUUAACUUUUUUUUUAAAUUAAGGAAACCGAGGGGAGUCAAAAUGUUGGCGUGAAAAGCAGUUACUCCUAUAGCCAGCUUGACCAAGUCAGGGGAAUAUGGCUUUUCAUACAAUCCUUUGGCUCUGUUAUUUUUGCCAGGCAUUUUCCCCAGAGGCUGCUUUCCCUCAUGGGAGGCGGAGGGAGAGAUGGGACCCCAGGCUUCUGUCAAGGGAAAGCAGGAUACAGUGGGAAAGGCCAAAAAAGAAAGCCUGCCUCUGUGGUGGAGAUCCCCCCACAAAAAACGGAAGAAAAAGAGUAAAGCAAGAGCAGGAAGACCAGAUUUUACUAGUAUUCCAAGCAGGCCAGAAUUUCCAAGGCAAGAAUUUGUUAGGCCAGAAUUUACAAGGCCAGAAUUUGCAAUAUUUGUAGGAGAGUUAACUCCCGAGGUGGAUGAUUUCUUGCUCUAUGACUACUUUUUCAAAAGGUAUCCAUCUUCUGUAGACUGCAAAGUGGCCACAGAUCUGCUGGGAUAUUCCAGGGGUUAUGGCUUUGUCCGAUUUUCUGAAGAAGGUGAUAUGAUGAGAGCAUUGCAAGAUUGUCAGAAUGCGCCUGGUCUAGGUGGAAAACGAAUCCGAUUGACUUUAGGCAUUUCUAAAAGAUUGAAAGCAGAAUUUCAGCGAUACCAGCCCUAUAGUUAUAAUGAUUAUUAUCAAGACUAUCAAAACUACUACCGCCAGUAUAAUUAUGAGAGAAAUGAACGCUUUGAUCGCUAUGAACGUCCUGACCGUUUUGAACGAGGUAACCGUUUUGGGGACCGUUUUCCUGAGCGUUACCCUGAACAAUUUGGGGAGCGUUUUCCUGAACGUUAUGCUGAGCGCUUUGGUUCCCGUUUUGCCGACCGCUACGGUGACUACCCUGAAUAUGGAGAAUAUAACGCUGAAUAUGGAGAUUAUAAUGCUGAAUAUAAUGACUACAACUACAGCUAUGCAUCUUACGAAAGGAUGCAACAGAGUGGAAAUAUGGGACAGCAAGCUAUGAAUCCAGCUGUAUUUCAGGAGACCUCUGCUAUGGUUAUGAAUGACGAUCUAAUAACAGAAGAUCCACAGCUCAACAUAGACGUUCACAGAAUGAACAGAGAAUUUAUGGUGAGAAGUGAAGAACUCUUUGACACACUUAUGAGCUGUCAUUGGCAACCUCUGGAUACGGUCACCUCUGAGAUCCCUACUGCUUUCUAAAAGUGUCUUAUGUUAACACCAUAGCAUGACUUUUACGACCAAGGUGCUAAAUUGACAUUUCUUCAACAUUUCUUUGGAUCCUAAGUUUUUAAGCACGGUGUUGGAUUUUGUUUUGCUAUGCUUUGAUGGCCUUUGUCAUUUUGUUCAUCACUCGGUAUCUUGAAAUCAUGUAAAUAUUCUGGAAAUGUAAAGAGUUAGUCUAAAAGUAGACUUGCUUAUGUAAAUAAUAAAACUUUGUUUCUGCAAACAUG